AUGAAGUGUCACUCUUUAUAUCGUCCUUCCAAAUAUUCUUGGAGUUUUCCUCCUUUAGCCAACCACAGCACAGAGGAGCGCUUCCUCCUGUUGGGAUUCUCAGACUGGCCCUCGGUGCAGCCGGUCCUGUUCGCCCUCGUCCUCCUCUGCUACCUCCUGACUCUAACCGGCAACUCGGCUCUGGUGCUGCUGGCCGUGCGCGACUCGCGUCUGCACACGCCCAUGUACUACUUCCUCUGCCACCUGGCCCUGGUGGACGCCGGUUUCACCACCAGCGUGGUGCCCCCGCUACUGACCAACCUGCGUGGCCCGGCGCUCUGGCUGCCCCGCGGUGGCUGCAUGGCCCAGCUGUGCGCGUCACUGGCCCUGGGCUCCGCCGAGUGCGUCCUCCUGGCGGUGAUGGCGCUGGACCGAGCGGUCGCGGUGUGCCGCCCGCUGCGUUACGCGGGACUAGCCUCGCCCCGUCUCUGCCGCGCGCUGGCCAGCACCUCCUGGCUUGGCGGCCUCACCAAUUCGGCUGCGCAAACCGCGCUCCUGGCCGCGCGGCCGCUCUGCGCGCCCCUGCAGCUGGACCACUUCAUCUGCGAGCUGCCGGCGCUGCUCAAGCUGGCCUGCGGCGGCGGCAGAGACACCAUUGAGCGCCAGAUGUUCGCCGCCCGCGUGGUUAUCCUGCUGGUGCCGUCCUCCGUCAUCUUGGCCUCCUAUGGCGCGGUAGGCCGCGCAGUAUGGCGCAUGCGGUCCAGCGGAGGCCGGAGGAAAGCGGUGGGCACCUGUGGCUCGCACCUGACCGCCGUCUGCUUGUUCUAUGGUUCAGCCAUCUACACCUACCUGCAGCCCACGCACAGCUACAACCAGGGGAGGGGCAAAUUCGUGUCGCUCUUCUACACCGUGGUCACACCGGCCCUCAAUCCGCUCAUCUACACUCUCCGGAAUAAGGAAGUGAAGGGGGCAGCCAGAAGGCUCCUGGGGAGUCUGGGGAGAGGGCAAGCUGGGCAGUAA